AUGAAACUCGAAUGUUUAUUUUCUUCAACAGAGAGCAGUAAAGCAUACAGCAUCUACACUUCUAGUAAAACGUGGAGUGAAGCUAAGAGUUUCUGCAGACAGCAUCAUACUGAUCUGACCAGUGUGAGGAACCAGACUGACAAUCAACUGAUCCAGAACAUCAUUAAUGAUCCUCACACAUCUGUCUGGAUUGGUCUGUUCAGUGACCCGUGGGAGUGGCCAGAUAACAGUGACUCUGGCUUCAGAUUCUGGAUGUCUGGUGAACCGAAUAAUGUUGGUGGUUCUGAAGAUUGUACAAAAGCCAAUAUUUAUCUUCAGGGGGAAUGGAAUGAUGUGGGUUGCUCUGGUCCUUAUAACUUUGUGUGUCAUGAAGAUGAGCUGAUAUUGAUCCAGAAGAAUCUGAGCUGGACUGAAGCUGUAAGAUACUGCAGAGAGAAUCAUGUGGAUCUGGUCUCAGUGGAUUCACAGGAGAUUCAGCUCAUGGUGACUGCAGUUCUUCAUCAGGCCUCGUCUGCUGAGGUGUGGCUGGGGUUACACUAUUACUGUCUCAUGAAUCUCUGGAUCUGGGUACGAGGAGAGGUCGUCUGCUAUCAGAAUUGGGCUCCAGGGGUUCAGAUUCAAGUGAAUCACUGCAGCGGUGAAAACAGAGCUGGAGCGGUUCAGUCUGGAGGAGAUCAUUACUGGAUCAGCCUUCCUCGAUCUCACAAACUUAACUUCAUCUGCAUCAAAUAUGAAAAAAAAAAAUCAUACAUGUCUGCUGUCACUUUCAAUUUGUUCUAUUGUAAUCCACAGAAAGAUGACACAAUCUUUUUAGUAACUGUUUAA